CUAGUGCCUAAACAUGAUUCUCUCAGUACAUGUUCACCUUUCUUUCUACUUUUACUGCUACAUGACCCAUCGAUUACAUCAGUUCAUAGUCUGUGAGUACUCGGAAAGAGUUCCCCCCUUCUUCUUCUUCCUCCUCAUUACUCAAAGAUUACUCCAUAGAAUCCCCAAUAUAUCCAUUGAUUUCAUCUCUGAUGCUCCAGGAUCUCCAAAUGCUUUACAACUUCCUCAAUCUUUAGCUAAUACAUGUUAUUUGCUCCAAAUUCAUCAACUAUAGAUCUUUGGAGUCAUUCAACAAUGGAUUAUUCACUUCAGAAACAUACCCAAAUGCUCAAGUUCAUCCCACUGUUUCUUUUCCUUUUGCAAUUGCAAACACUCUGUUCUGCAUAUCCGACGCCAUUAAACUGCACAGAGACAUCGCGGUUAUGCACUUCCUUCUUAGCUUUCUCUCCGUCCCCGAAUCAAACCCUAGACGUGAUUAUGAGCAUGUUUGACGUCUUCCCUCACGACGUUACAGUUGAAGGUAACGGCCGUAACUAUGUUUUUGUUCGGAAGAACUGUUCAUGUGCUAAUUCGCCAGUUCAUAGCUACUUGACGAAUACUACCUACACGGUGAGGGAAACCGGCGGAUCUGUUCAUGAUAUCGUGAUUGACGCGUAUGGAGGAUUAGCGUAUCUCUCGAAUUUCUCCCGGCCGGCGCGUACAGGCGCGGUGGUUUCGUUGCAGCUGUUUUGCGGAUGUUCCAGUGGACUAUGGAAUUACUUGAUGAGUUAUGUGAUGAAGGAAGGAGAUAGCAUUGAAUUGUUAGCGAGCAGAUUUGGUGUUAGUAUGGAUAGCAUCGAAUCCAUUAACGGAAUCGAUAAUCCCGAUAACAUCACCAUUGGUGCACUUUAUUACAUACCAUUGAAUUCAGUUCCUGGAGAUCCAUAUCCUGUAGAAACUACCUCUCCCCCUUCUCCUUCUCCAUCACCUUCUCUUUCUGGCAGUGUUACAGUUGAGCGAACAGAUCAUAAGAGCGAUGUAAAACAUUGGUGGAUCAUAGGCAGUUUGGGUGUUGCUUUGGCUCUAAUCGUAGCAACUGUUCUUUUUGUUUGUUUGAGAUCAUCAAUUUGCAAUCAUUUAAACGAUCCUGAAGAUGAAAGGGUAUCACAUAAGUUCCACAUAUUACGAAGAUCAAGCAUCUGGUGUGGAUCAGGGAGACUCUGCUGCAAAUCCGAUGACUGGAGACAACAAACCAUCGACGCAUCAAGCGAUCGCCAUACCAACAUUCCAAAAGUAAUUGGGACAGAUGUGUUUGAUGUAGAGAAGCCUAUUGUGUUCAUAUAUGAAGAAAUCUUAUCAUGUACAGAUGGUUUCUCUGAGUCAAACCUUGUAGGCCAUGGAACCUAUGGAUCUGUGUACUAUGGUUUACUUCGUGAACAGGAAGUUGCUGUGAAAAAGAUGACUGCAACAAAAACUAAAGAGUUCAUAGCAGAAAUGAAAGUUUUGUGCAAAGUUCAUCAUACAAAUUUGGUAGAACUUAUUGGUUAUGCAGCUAGUGAUGAUGAACUCUUCCUCGUUUAUGAAUAUGCUCAAAAGGGUUCACUUGGAAGUCACUUGCAUGAUCCUCAAAACAAGGGUCAUCCAGCAUUAUCUUGGAUUAUGAGAGUUCAAAUUGCACUUGACACUGCAAGAGGGUUGGAAUACAUACAUGAACACACUAAGCCUCAUUAUGUUCAUAGAGACAUUAAAACAAGCAAUAUUUUACUCGAUUCUGCCUUCAAAGCCAAGAUUUCGGAUUUUGGGUUGGCAAAACUUGUUGGAAUAACUAAUGAUGGAGAGGCUUCUGCUACAAGAGUGGUUGGAACUUUUGGUUAUUUAGCUCCAGAAUACUUGAGGGAUGGAAGGGCUACAACAAAGAGUGAUGUAUACGCAUUUGGUGUUGUUCUUUUUGAACUAAUAUCAGGAAAAGAAGCCAUUACACGAACCGAAGCUGUUACAAAAAAUUCAGAGAGACGUUCAUUAGCAUCCAUUAUGUUAGGAGCUCUUAAGAACUCUCCGGAUUCCAUGCGUAUGUCAGGGUUAAAAGAUCACAUAGAUCCUAAUCUCUUGGAUUUAUUUCCUCAUGAUUGUGUUUUCAAGAUGGCAAUGGUGGCAAAACAAUGUGUGGAGGAGGAUCCAAUAUUGAGACCAGAUAUUAAGCAAGUUGUUAUAUCACUUUCACAAAUACUUUUAUCAUCAGUUGAGUGGGAGGCUACACUCGCCGGAAACAGCCAGGUCUUUAGCGGCCUUGUUCAAGGUCGCUAAUAUCACCGACCAUCUUUCACUUCAAUUGGUGGUUGUUACUUGGUAAAUAGUUGAAUUUGCAUAGAUGGUUUGGUGUAGUAGUAGUUGUAGUAAUGAGGGUGAGUGUUUAUACGUACACAUUUAUAUUUAUAUUUAUUUAUUUAUUUGUCCAUUAUGUUUGCUUUUGUUGUGAAAAUUUCUUGUAAUG